AUGUCUGAUGAGAAAGUGAAGUCGUGCUGGGAGGCGGGCGGAAGUGCAAAUCGUGCUUUGAUGAAGGCGGCGAUGGAGACAAACGGAAGCGUAUGGAAACGUCAAUUGGCGGCGAGGCUUACAAGCGACUUUCAGCAGGUGCCGGCCGCCAGUCACAGUAGUGCCCUUGCCUCAGAGACGACGCAUUGGGACGCCUGCCUAGCUCGGAUGUGA